AUGAACAAGUACGUCGAAGCCCCAGUUUUCGUCCCUUCGGCCGCCACCAGGCACGAUACGAUGAGCGCCUCCCCUGAGGGUUCGUCACCGAACCGGCCUUCGCUUCGAACUUACUAUAAUGAAUCCGACGUUUCCUACCCCAUAUUAACGCCGUCGCCUCUCAGGCCGACAUUGAGUCUAGGAUGCACGAGUCCGAGGAGCAGCAUGAGCACAAACACCAAGCAGCAGCAGCAGCAGCAGCAGCCUGGGUGGUCGGCCUUUAUGUCUCCAAACUCGUUCGAGCAACUGUACACUGAGAAGGCCUAUCUGACGGCUUCACUUGAGACCCAGGGUGAUAAGGAAGUGAGCCUCAUGAGGAGGCUAUCCAUUCUGCAGGAGAAGAUCGACAACGGGUUGCCAUCCGACGAGCGACGCCGGUCGCGGAAGAAGACUGCCUUGCUGAAGAGCAAGAUCAUGGAGGCAGCGGCGCAGAAGAAGACUAUUCUCCUCAGGCUCGGCGACAUCUACGUGGCGCUCCAGAGCCGGGAGACGUGGGUGCAGGUUCAGAGCGAACUCUACGAGCGACGGCGCUCCUGGUGGUCCACAGACUCGCCCGGUACCGCCUACGAGACGACGCCCUCGGACGUAGCGUCCAUGAUACCGACGCCAUUGAACGCCGCCUCGCCCAUGUUCUUCCCCAUGGGCUGCCAUUCAUCCUACGGCACGUGGGAGGCCAUGACGCCCUGCUGCGAGUCUCUGGUGCAGGCUUCGCAAGAUGGUUCGCCGUACGAGUCUUGGCCAGAGGGCAAUGGGGUCGUCGGCAAUCGCGCAGAUGAGCUGGCAAACCGCGGCUUACGGUUCGAGUACAGACCCCAGACAUCGCUUCAGUACGGCAACGUAGACGGGAAUCAUCAGCCUUUCUUCAAUGAGAUCAGUCCCCGCCGGCCCAACAGGAGAAUGAGUCUCCCAUCGUUAAAGUGUUUUUGGCCAGGGUCCGAGAAGUCCGGUGGCCCACAAGUGAACACAGGCGAGCCCCGCAGAUUCUAGAAAAGCGACCAGAGGAACUGGGAAAACACGGUCUGUCCAGGGGAUGUUCAUCUUUCUUCUUCAAUAUCAUGUCCAUUGGGUAGGCUCAUGUACGGUAAACCGCAGCAAACGGCGUAGGGAAUCUUGUACUUUUAGUCACGAAACAAACGGUCCUUGGAACUCCUUGCAUCACUCUCUUGACUGCUCCUUUUCUUGAUUCGGCCACUGCUCGCAACCUGAU